UACGUAGUACACAAACCCACCAGUACUCCGCCCGGCGGCACACGGGGAGCGCGUGUCGCCUUCCAAACGCUCAUAUUAACACACUGACGCGCCACAACUGCAUUGUGCAUUUACGACGACAAUCGCAAUUUGCUAACCUGAAAGUGAAACAUUGCCGGCGUUCCUGUGCCCCACGUAAAUGCUCGUUCCCGUCCGCGAGGAGAAAAAUAAACAUAGCACUUCGGUGUGUCAAUUGUUUCAGACUCCCGACAGCAGCCCCCUGCCGCGCGCCCCCGCCAGCGCCUGUACAUUAUAAUCUGUGGAUUCUGUGAUGCUGACAAAAACAGAGCCCUACAGGAAACUGCGUCCUAGAGGGCGACGGAGGACGUUACCGUCUACUAAGUAAUAGAUAGUUCCUAAGUGUAAAGUGUUUCGUUGCCAAAAUGAUGGGCAACCGGAGAAACUUGGUGUUUAGAGUGAGCAUCGUGAUCAAUAUCGCGGUGCUACUGUACGCGGCCAUGCACCUCUCUGGCACCACGAGCAACGGAAUAGACUGGAUGCCGGUCGCCGUGGACGGGCAGGAGCCCGCGCGCAGCUCCGAGGUGCGGUACCUCUACGAGCGACGACCCGAGGCCCGCAACGAGACGGAAACCAGACCUGAACCUCUUCUCAAAGCUUACGAUGAGUCCACCUCUCAGAAGACACCGUCCACUGUGGCCACUACUAACAAGACUGCUUCGAGCACAGCGUCUAUCGUGGUUCCGUCGGAGUCGGAAAUAACCAGCGAUGGUCUGGACAUAGUCGACGAGAACGCUUUAUCCGAGGCUACACUGCAGCGCCUGCGCUCUCUGCUGAACUGUAAUGAGAGGGAAUUCUUGCCGGUGACCUACCAGCGGGGAGAGUUCUGGGUGCUGAAGAACUACGUGCGCGCUGAUGACGGCGUCGUGCUCUGUCACGAAUCCAUCACCUACACCACGCACGCAGGCUUUGAAUUCCUUAACAACGUCCUGCCACUCGUCGAAAGAUGGAUGGCGCCUGUAAGCUUGGCCAUCCACGCGCCGGGCGCCGACCUGUCGCCCACGGUGAACAGCAUCAGGUACCUCCGGGACUGCACCGGCAACGACCUAGUCCGGUCGUACGUCACCUUCCACGUAUUCUUCUCACACAAGCAUAUACCGACCACGAUACCAGACCCCGAGAGCUUCCUAAAUACCCCAUACAAUUGCAGCAGCAACCCACCGUAUGUUGUGACCAACUCGACGUACAUGAAACAGAAAAGCCUACUCUACCCCGUGAAUGUAGCUCGCAACAUCGCGCGAGACUCGGCGCUCACGCACUUUUUACUGCCAUCGGACAUCGAGUUGUAUCCUAGCCCUAAUCUGGUCCCGCGGUUCCUGAACAUGAUAGCGAGAAACGCAAAACCUCUGAACACUUCAACUAAACCGAGGGUCUUUCCAAUCAGUAUAUUUGAAGUCGAUGCCAAAGUCAAAGUGCCAUCAACCAAAACUGAGCUCCAAGAGAUGUUGAAGAAGAAAAAAGCCAUUCCAUUCCACAAAUUCGUUUGCCCGACCUGCCACAAUAUACCUCAAGCGCAGCAGUGGAUGUCUGCUAGUGAAACAACCCAAAUGGAGGUGUUCCAUGUAGGCAAAAGAAAAGGCAAAUUCGUUAUCUGGGAGCCUAUCUUCAUUGGCACUCACCAAGACCCCUACUACGAUGAGCGGCUGAGCUGGGAGGGCAAAAAGGACAAAAUGACGCAAGGUUACAUUUUAUGUGUUAAAGACUACGAUUUCAUGAUCCUCAACAACGCGUUCCUAAUCCACAAGCCCGGGAUCAAGUACUACGUGAAAAACGCCAAGCGAGACGCCAUCGUGGCUCGGCAGAACCACUUCGUGAAGCAGGUCAUCACGCCCGAGCUCAAGCGGCUCUUCGGCACCAGGGAUGGAUGUGCGAUGUGACGAAUAAAAUAUGAGGACGUCUCUGUCACAUGAAUAUUAUGACGAACGCAGUUUCUGUGUCUUGAUA